CCGCCCCGAGCGGGGCGGGGGCCGCGGGAUGCCCGCCGGGGCAGGGCCGGGGACGGCGGGUGGAGGUGCUGCCGGCGGCGGGUGCUGCCCGCGGGACUUUAAAAAUCUGAUUAUUUUUUUCCUUUUGCUGAAGAAAUAUGCCUUCCCUGGGAGGGAAGGCACAGACUGUCUUGGGCCCUGUGGAUCCGGACUGCCUUGGCUAUACAUUGACUCAUGAACACUUGACUAUGAACUACAGCAGUAGUUUUUGUCCACCUUCUCCAGGCGAAGAGCCUCUGUCUGAGGGACCCAUUGAGAUGAAGAACUUGUUUUGGAUUAAGCAAAAUCCCUACAGCCAUAAAGAAAAUCUUCUUUUGUAUCAGGAAACAGAUGCUGUAAAGGAGGAACUGUUGCAUUUUAAAGCAACAGGUGGUGGGACGAUUGUGGAAAACACAACCACAGGAAUUGGUCGGGAUAUGAAUUCUUUGAAGAAACUUGCAGAAGAAACUGGAGUUCAUAUUAUUGCUGGGGCUGGGUUCUAUGUGGAUUCCACUCAUUCUUCUCAAACACAAACCAUGACAGUGGAACAGCUUACAGGCAUUAUUGUUGAUGAGAUACUCAAUGGAGCGGAUGGGACUAACAUCAAGUGUGGUGUGGUGGGAGAAAUAGGUUGCUCCUGGCCUUUGACUCCAAGUGAACACAGAGUGCUUCAGGCAACGGCACAGGCUCAGGCACAGCUUGGGUGCCCAGUUAUCAUUCAUCCUGGCAGGAACAGUGAUUCACCCUUCCAGAUUAUCCGCAUUCUGCAGGAAGCUGGGGCUGAUACUUCAAAGACAGUCAUGUCUCACCUUGACAGGACAAUAUUUGAUCCAAAGAAGCUUCUGGAAUUUGCUAAACUGGGAUGCUAUCUAGAGUAUGACCUAUUUGGGACAGAGUUUCUUCACUAUCAGUUCCAUCCUGAUAUUGACAUGCCGAGCGACAAUGAAAGAAUUGCAAGGAUUCGUAUGCUGAUCGAUGAAGGCUAUGAAGACAGAAUUCUGAUGGCUCAUGAUGUGCACACUAAGAAUAGGUUGAUGAAAUAUGGAGGUCACGGGUAUUCACAUAUCCUUAAAAAUAUAGUUCCUAAAAUGCUAAUUAGAGGCAUAGCCCAAGAUAAAAUUGAUAAAAUACUCGUAGCGAAUCCAAAGCGAUGGUUGACUUUUAAGCAGGAAUACUAAUAAAUACUCCUAUUUUAUAGGAAAGGUUGACAAAAUGCAGAGUUGUUUCUGGAGAACAAUAAUUUUAAAACUUGGUUCUUUUCAGAGAAACUGGAAGUUAUUAAUUAGUUGUGAACAGACUGAUUAGUACUUUUAUUUUUAAUUACAACAACAAAAUUAUGUAUUCUCUCUUGCCUUUUCUCCCUUCUAAGUAUCUGUUAAUUAAUGAUUUACUGGAUAUAAGCCUAUCUGGAAACUCUUUUCAAUUGAAAUUUUAAAAUAAUUGUUUCUAGAGAAUAAUCUAAUACUAUUAUUAAAAGUCACACAACAGUAUUUUUGAAGAUGCAUCAUCUGGACAUUGAAGGAAAUUAUGGUUUUCAGUGAAAUUCCCCUUCACCAGGGGGUGAUUUUAAUCCUUGUAAUAUUUGCAAACUUCUGAUUAUCCUUACAUUCUUUAAAUAAUGCUUGAUAAAAGGCCUGGGACUUUUAAUUAGUUUCCAUAGACAACAGAAAGCCAAAGUAAUUUCAAUUAUCAAAAGAUUGUUUCUUUCUAGUUUAAAGAUUUACUUAUUUGUAUCUGAAAAUGUAAAAAUUAUAUGCAAAAAAAUAUAUUUUUAAUAAAGCAAACUGAUGACCUCUUAAA